UUCUCAGCUUAGAAGAAGCGUUGUUGUGUAUUCCACCACCUAUAACUUAUUCUCCGAAAUGCACUCUUACAGGACCAGACUGCGUAUAUUCAAGACGACCAACUGACGCUACUGGCAUAUUAGAUUUUAACUGCCAUCGUGCGGAGUUAUUGAUCUUGGUGAUGGAGGCUAAAAGAAAGCAUGUUUUAGAAGAUAUGGGUGAACAGACACUUUCCAAGUUUUAUCAUACGGGUAAAAGCAAGGAUGUAGUUCAACAAAUUUAUAAUUAUAUGGGAGAAAACGAACUUAGAUAUGGUAUUCUUACUACCUAUGAUAAUUACUGUAAUCAACUAUCAUCUUCUGCCUUUGGCGUUUCCAGCAACACUUUUGUUAAACAAAACAAUUAUAGCUUCUCAGACUUUAAGUUCAAGAGUAUACUAGGUGAAGGUCGAAGUGGAAAGACUCUCUUAUGCGAAUUUCGUGGAGAUAUGAUUGCUUUGAAGAGUGCAGACUUAUCUAAGGCCCCAUCGUAUGUUCUGGAAGAAAUGCAGAAAGAAGUAGAGAUGUAUAAAGAUCUAGCUGAUAUUCAAGGCAAGUAUAUCCCAAAGCUGGUCUGUUAUGGAUAUUAUGAAGGAGGUAUGAGCUUCGUUAUUGGCUUAACCAUUGUUGGUAAUAUGUUGAGCGACCAAAAAAUAAUGGAACAGCAAAAGACAAGGGUUAUUAAGGGAUUAGAAGCAAUCCACAAGCAUGGUAUCCUCUACAAUGAUAUUUGGGAGAAAAACAUCUUAAUUAAUGAUAAUGAUGACAUCUACUUGAUUGACUUUGGGAUGACAAGUCGGGCGGACACAAAAAAGAAGAGAAAGCUUUUCGAGGAGGAAUAG